UCCUGCGGGGCAGGUGACAUACCUCCGUACGUAUCAAAGGAGAAGUACACCGCUCUCGCCGAUGAGAUAAGGAUGUGGGAGGACGAUUUGCGACACAUGUUGCACCGACAACCUUCAUCCUGCCCACUAGUUAACGCACAUGACGAUGCAUCUGAAGCUACUUCCACAAAGAAGUGCGGCCGAGAAAGCCUCGAGGCUCUUACACCUGCCUACGUUUCAUCCUUGCGUAAGUUUUGGGAGGGCCUCAUGACUAAGGAAUCUACACCCCCUGUUCCCGAUCGGAAGCCACUCAGAGUGGUUCAGGCUGUUUCCUCGUCUCCAACAGUGCCAGAAUCCCUCGUUCCAACCGAGGUCUCAGUUAUUGACGAAAAUGCACAAAUUGAUUCAUCGUCCGUGGAAAAUCCUGAACUUCCCCCACCCCCCGCGGCCCUCAUCGAUGAAAACUCUAAUGACGCUGACACUGAUUUGCCUCCGCCCCCUUCCCUUUCUUGCUCGACAGAAAACGUUCUCUCGAAAUCUGCUGAUUUUACCGAGUCCCCUGACUCGCCACAUCGCGAAAUUUACCUUCCCGAGUGUCCCAGUACCACUCAGCCAGUGUCGCACCGGUACUACAGUCGACCACGAAUGGGCGCCAGUGGCCACGGCGUCCUGCGCAACUGGCCCAACUCGAGUAAUCUCAACCACAUUCCCGCCUCACCGUCACCACCACUGCCGCGUCAACGCUCCGUCACCUUUGAGCCAAAACGCGGCUGUGCCCCCGGCGACACCGAGACCGACACAGACGUCUACGAGGCCCUGGACGGCGGGGAGUCCCCGCAGCAAACACAAUCCAACCGGUAUAAAGACAUUGACGGGAAGUCCAUUAAACUGCGCUAUCACAAUUUGCACGGGGGGGGCAAACUUUACGAGCAAAGCAGCCUCUUAUUGUCUUUGUUCUUCUUAUUUUGUGGUACGUUCUCAUCUUGUUUCGUGGUAGAAUCAUUUGGCAUUCUUGAGAGCGCUGCUCGCCUGGCGAAUUCAGCGGACCGUCUCAAUCGACAUCAACGCGCCUCCGUGACACCCCCGUUUGCGGAUAGCGCAAACGUCAGCAGCGACAGCAGCAGCAGCAGCGAGUUGCCAUUUUCGGACGACGAGGGCGGCCUGUUUAGCGACGGCGGGAUCAACUCCGAGCCCCAAGGACCCACAGGAAGGUUGUCUUCAAGAAGUCGAAGGUCCUCAACCUGCGCGGACGGUCUGCGUCGUAUUAGCAGAGAGGCCUCCGCUCUCCUCGACUUCGAGUGCCCUCAGACGCCCACUAAGAAAGCCAACCGAGUCUCCCGAGGCAGCGUUGAACUUGCGUCGGAGGCUGCAGCUGUGCGUCGCCUGGAGCGCAUCAAAGAGCUCUCCGAUUUGAUUGACCAAGAAAAGACAUUGAUCAUGGAAUUGAGCAGCAGUCUCACCGAGCUGCACUCUAAGAGGUCGAACAGUAAGCCAGAGAGAUCUGCCUCCGCGAGCACUCCGUCUGCACCAGGGGGCGAAGCCGGUCUUGUGGAAUUGAAUCAAAACUUUCUGUUGGCUUCCGCCGUGACUCGGUGUCGAUUAGUACGCUUUUUUUCCCUGGAACUGCACACAGGUCAGCGUCGUCAGGCUCUGAUGGAGGAGCUCACACUGCUCCACAAGGGUUCGCCCGUCCUGGUCCCGCCGAUGCGCGGCGAGCCUCUGCGUGCCCGCCUCCAGCUCCACUCGGUUCGCGUGGCCCUCAAACCCGAGCCGCCACUGGCCCCGACCCCCUCGAUACCUGGUGGGUACGUGCUCAUCGGAAUGGGAAAAUCGGGUGUCUCCGCGACGCCCUACGACUCCGUCCCCUCUCCCAUUGACGGGGGCCCUCCAGUCAAGUUCCACAUCCUCGCUAUCCUCAGGUGCCUUGGUGAAGGACGGAUUUACCACACGCAGACGGCGACGCUAAUGCGCGUUGCCGACCUACCCUCCGGGUCUGCACGCCCAACGCCCUUCAUUGAUCUUCUCGCCGAUAUCGAUAUCGUUCCCCUUAGACCGGAUUUCGUAAUCUCAAUCGAGUUGUACUGCCUAAAGACUGGUGGAGCAACCGACAAACACGUCUCUCGAUCGUCCGUGACCAAGAAAUCCCAAACACCUACCUUCGCUGAUUCACCCGUAGCGUCUACAAAGAAAUGUGGUGGAUUCCACUUGCCCUUCACCUUCUCCACUCUAAAGAGAAAGAAAUACAACAUUUCGAGUCACGCGCUCGCCAACGACCCCUCAGCCGCUUUUGCUCUGCUUUCGUCCGUGAGUCUGAAGCACCACGAUGAUCUCCUGUUUGGCCGUCUUCCCCUUUCUAACCGGAGAAGUGACGGCGCCGGUGAAACGCCCCCCACUGGAAUGCCUCUUUUCCUCGAGGGCCUCCCCAGAUCCUCUCCUCUUGCCGGUCCGCUGGGUUUGAACCAGGUGUCUGUACGACUUCAGUCGUCCGUUCUCAAACGCGGUUUCCUGACGGUGUUCGAUGAGUCUGGCGGGAUGGGCGUGUGGACUCGUUGUUGGUGCAAAUUGCUGGCAGACCAGCUGAUCUACUGGCGGUACCCCGAGGACGAGGACGCCGUGGGUGUCGCGCCAAUCGGGCGCGUGGAUUUGCGCCACGUCGUUGCGCCCUGGGCAGUGGAGGCGCCGCGGAAGAUCUGCGUUCGUGCCAACACGAUCUACAUGCGCUCGCUCAUAGCCGUCAACCCGAAGUGGUUGCUGGACGGUGAAAAGUCCUCCGCCAGCAGCAUUCUCCUCCACGCCUCCUCCGACUACAAAUGGCUCGAACAGAGGCAUUUGAUAUGUGCGGACACGUGGAGCGAAAUGGAGUCGUGGUUGAAACUAAUCAACAAGUCCCUCGAGGUCAUCCAGCGUUGGAUGCCCGAGCACUUCGCCUGUCUCGCCCGCUACGAUUCCAAAUUGGUCUUCAGUGAACUCGUCUCGGCCAACGUCGCUUCCCGUCUGAAACUGCAAGCCAACUCUUCAAACCAGACCUCCGACUCACCACCCUAG